UCCUCGUGCUCCCUACUAGUGGCAGUUGCUCCAAUAUUACAGACUGGUGCUGUAGAACCACUGUCGCUGAAAACAGAUAUAAAUGUAGUGUCAAGAAGAUAUUAGUGAUAUAUUAUUGUGUGAUAUGUAUUGAUCGCUAUUUCUACGUGAUAUUAUUGUGUUAUAACAAAAUUGCAUAUCAUAGCAGUAAUUAUUAUUAUCGACAGUGGUAUUUUUCUGACGUGUUAAUGUAGACUAUGUAGAAAUACAGCUGACGUAAAAAUACUGAUUUUAUCCACGGCCAACAAUGGGAGACGAUAAAUUCCAAUUCUCUAUAGAUCGUGGAGGCACGUUCACUGAUAUAUACGCUAGAUGCCCUAAAGGCAAAAUCCGAGUUAUGAAAUUACUCUCGGUAGAUCCUAGUAAUUAUAACGACGCGCCGACAGAAGGCAUUCGUAGAAUAUUAACAGAGGAAACUGGCGUCAAAAUAAAUGGCGCAAUUGACACUUUUAAUAUAGAAUGGAUUAGAAUGGGAACGACGGUCGCCACUAAUGCGCUGUUGGAAAGAAAAGGCGCGAAAAUGGCCUUAUUAACAAAUGAAGGUUUUACGGAUCUUUUAUACAUCGGUAAUCAGUCUCGGCCAAAUAUUUUCGAUUUGGAAAUAGUAAUGCCACAGGUUUUAUACCAAUAUGUAAUAGGAGUAAAAUGUAGAGUAAUUCCCGCUCUGCCGGAAAGUUGUCGUAUGGAAAAUCAGUCGUGGCGAAAAGUGAAAGGUUCUACCGGUGAGGAUCUGUUUGUUAUUCAAGAACUCGAUGAGGCACAAUUGAAGGAAGAUUUGAAGACACUUCGUAAUCUCGGAAUAGACAGUCUCGCUGUCGUUCUGGCACAUAGCUACACUUAUGCGGACCAUGAGAUCAGAGUUGGUGAAUUAGCACGAGAAGCAGGUUUUCCUCAAAUAUCUCUUUCCCACGAGGUGAUGCCGAUGACAAGAAUGGUUCCUAGAGGCUUUACAACGUGUGUAGAUGCUUACUUGACGCCACACAUUAAAAAUUACUUACAAGCUUUCUCUUCAGGAUUUAAAGAUAACUUAAAGGAUGUGAAUGUAUUGUUUAUGCAGAGCGACGGCGGAUUAACACCUAUGAAUUCUUUUAAUGGAUCGCGUGCUAUACUUUCUGGACCAGCUGGUGGCGUCGUUGGAUACACGAUGACGACUUAUGGAAAGGAGACUGAUUUACCAGUGAUCGGAUUCGACAUGGGCGGUACAUCGACUGAUGUAAGUCGAUACGGAGGAAGUUACGAGCAUGUUUAUGAGAGCACCACAGCAGGCAUUACUAUACAAGCUCCGCAGUUGGAUGUCAAUACUGUUGCGGCGGGAGGUGGAUCGAUGCUUUUCUUCAGGUCAGGUCUCUUCGAAGUUGGGCCUGAGAGCGCAGGGGCCCAUCCUGGACCUGCGUGUUACAAAAAAGAUGGCCCGCUGACUGUGACGGAUGCCAAUCUCGCUCUAGGUCGUCUGCUGCCUGAAUACUUUCCUCAAAUUUUUGGACCAGAGGAAAAUGAGCCUCUCGACGUAUCUCGUACGUUGAGUAUGUUUGCAACACUUACCUACGAGAUCAAUGAAUUUCUAAAGAAGGAUGAAUUAAUGUCGGUUGAUGAGGUAGCAAUGGGAUUUAUCAGAGUCGCCAAUGAGACCAUGUGCAGACCGAUUCGUGCUCUAACACAAGCAAAGGGUUAUGACACUUCGCGUCAUGUUCUUGCGUGUUUUGGCGGCGCCGGCGGACAGCAUGCUUGUGCAAUUGCUCGAUCGUUGGGCAUAAGCACGGUUUUUGUCCAUAAGUAUGCCGGUAUUUUGUCAGCUUAUGGAAUGGCAUUGGCAGAUGUUGUUGAAGAAGCACAAGAACCAAGCGCCGAAAUUUACAAUUAUGAAAGUUUCACCCGUUUGGAUGAUCGUUUGGACGUGAUGGAAGCCAAAGUUAGAAGUAGACUUCGCGCACAAGGAUUUGCUGAUUCUCAAAUAAAAACGGAACCAUUUCUGCACUUACGUUACGAGGGUACUGACUGCGCUUUAAUGUGCACUCCAGCAAGUCAGAAUUCAAUGACCACCACCACCAGGCAUGGAGACUUCCUCGCUACUUUCCUAGAAAGAUACAAGACGGAGUUUGGUUUUACGAUACCAGAUCGCAAGAUUUUAGUUGAUGAUGUGAGAAUUAGAGGAACUGGGAAAACUGAAACUCCACAGGAUCCCAGAUUGUCUCCUUCACAAACUUCACCAAAAGCUGAAAAGACCACUAUGGUGUACUUCGAAGGUGGCUAUCAAGAAACAGGCGUCUAUCAGUUACAUUCAUUAUCCCCUAAAGAUAUUUUACACGGUCCCGUUAUUAUCAUGGAUAAUUUGAGCACGCUUUUAGUGGAGCCAGACUGUACCGCGGAAAUCACUUCCCGCGGUGAUGUAAAAAUUACGAUUGGACAGGGUCAGCGAACGAAAGUCACCACGGAUCUCGACAGUAUUCAGCUCAGUAUUUUUUCACAUCGUUUCAUGAGCAUUGCAGAACAAAUGGGUCGAGUACUUCAAAGAACUUCGAUUUCUACUAAUAUCAAAGAACGAUUGGACUUCUCAUGCGCGAUUUUCGGUCCUGACGGUGGUCUUGUUUCAAAUGCACCUCAUAUCCCGGUGCAUCUGGGUGCCAUGCAAGAAACCGUGCAAUACCAGAUGAAAGUAUUCAAUGGCAAGUUUACGCCAGGAGACGUCAUUCUUGCUAAUCAUCCAUUGGCAGGCGGUUCCCAUCUUCCAGAUUUGACAGUUAUCACGCCAGUGUUUUACAGAGAUGUGCCUACACCGGUAUUCUUCGUAGCCAGCAGAGGUCAUCAUGCUGAUAUUGGUGGUAUCACGCCAGGCUCCAUGCCACCGCAUUCAACAAGUUUAAGUCAGGAAGGCGCUGUUUUCAAAAGUUUUCUGCUGGUACAUAAAGGAAUAUUCCGAGAAAAGGAACUAACAGAUGCUUUGAUGGCACCUGGAAAAAUACCGGGAAGUUCGGGAACCAGAAACCUUUUGAACAACAUCAGUGAUCUUAAAGCUCAGAUCGCAGCAAAUAAAAAAGGUUUUCAACUAGUAAAUGAACUAAUUGAUGUAUACAGUCUUGAAGUAGUUCAAGCAUACAUGGAUUAUAUUCAACACAAUGCUGAAGUCGCUGUUCGAGAAAUGUUGAAAUCAAUUGGCACGAAGAUUAAAAAGCAAAGAGGAAAGGAAACUGAUAUCAGUGCUAUUGAUUAUCUUGAUAACGGUAGUCCUAUCAAAUUACACGUUGAUCUUGAUAUAAACAAGGGCGAAGCGGUUUUCGAUUUUAGUGGAACGGGUUGUGAAGUAUGGGGUAAUUGCAACGCUCCGCGCGCUAUAACUUUGUCUGCUAUAAUUUAUUGUUUGAGAUGUAUGGUUAAUCGAAACAUACCUUUAAAUCAGGGUUGUUUGAAGCCUGUAAAAAUAAUUAUCCCUGAAGGAUCAUUACUUGAUCCCUCGGAUGAUGCUGCCGUAGUGGGCGGCAACGUCUUGACAUCUCAGCGUAUUGUUGACGUAAUUUUGGCAGCUUUCGAAAUUUGUGCGGCUUCUCAGGGUUGUAUGAAUAACGUUACCCUUGGCACUGAGGAAUGGGGUUAUUACGAAACAGUUGCCGGUGGCAGUGGAGCAGGACCAACAUGGCACGGCAGAAGUGCCGUUCAUACGCACAUGACGAAUACGAGAAUCACAGAUCCAGAAAUACUGGAGCUUCGCUAUCCAAUUAUACUAAACCGCUUCUCCAUUCGAUUCGGAAGUGGUGGUAAUGGAGCGUAUAUCGGUGGCGAUGGUGCUAUACGUGAAAUGAUAUUUAGAGCUCCAAUGACUUUAUCUGUAUUAACCGAGCGGAGAGUGUAUCAUCCGCCUGGACAUAAUGGUGGUGAGGCUGGAGCGUGUGGUUUAAAUAUUUUGGUGCGAGCUGAUGGCAGACGGAUUAAUUUAGGCCCGAAAGCUGCCGUUCCAGUUUAUGCGGGGGAUAAGUUUGUUAUGGAAACUCCAGGUGGUGGUGGUUACGGUUCCGUUUGCGAAGAUAAGCAAGCUGAUAGAUUUUCAGUUUAUACAAAAAAUUACGGUUGUCAACAACUAACAGCAGGAUUUGCAUCAAAAUAUAAAGAUUCAAAAUCUGACAAAAGUCUGCAUAAUUUUACAGAACGCGGAAGUGUUUUUCAGUAUCGUAUGGCCCAGGAAUCUGUUUAA